AAAGUGUUACGAUCAACAAAAAUUUACUGAACCACAAUGCCCCUGUGGUGUAGGCUUUCGAUUACAUUUUUGGAUCCUUUUAAGAAGCAACAUUUUAUUCAAAAUUUAAAGCAUCUGCCACAGGAUGAGCAUGCGAAAAAUAUGUUGCAGCCUUACAGCAAAUUUUCCUUGGACAUCCAAGAUAGUUUCGAUUGGCCAAAAACAACCGUCUAGAUCCACAUGUCUAUCCCAGGAGCAUUGUCUUUGGCGUCAGAGAAACCAAAUGGAAAUCGAACAGUUGGCAAAGCUGGUGGGAUUCCAGCCCGAUGAAAUCGAUGGCUUUCUGUUUAAUCUCAGCCUACGGAACUAUAGUGACCUCUUGAAAUACAAGGAGUGUGGAUGGAAUGGCUGCAAUGUGCCCCUUUGUUAUCCGUAUGUCUGUGAUCGGUACAUGGCCAUAUUUGAUCAUCGUGGCAACUUACGAAGUCCCAUCCAUGCAAGGAGUCUUAAAAGUUUACUUCCGUUACUGCUGGAUUAUUUGAACGGUGAUUCGCCUAAUGAUCGAAAGGACUCGCCCAUCUACGAGGCGUAUCCUGACGAACACCAGGCGAAAUGUCGUUCAAAUAUUGAGCAGAGUGAUUUAGAAGCUAUGAGUUCUUCAGAUUGGAUCUCUCAGCUCCUUGGCAAUCCAAGUGAAUCGAAAAGGGAAAAAACGGGAAAAAAGACUGAAAAACCUCAACCGGUAAUGAGAUCUGAAUUAGAAAGUGAACUAGAAUCAGAAUCUGAAAUGGAAAAAAAGAAGCGAAAAAAUAAGACCUUUGGUCGGCAGUCUGUAUUCCUCAAUGAUGAACUUGCCCUAGCUUAUGCCAAGUCCUAUGAUUAUGCGGAAUAUCUGAUGAAAACUUUGGGUCGACAUCGAUUUAGGGAUAGCUAUAUAGGUCCCGUGGGAGAUUUGAGAACAACACGUACUCACAUUCUUAUAAGAGACUUGAUCGCCAGAAAAGGAAUGAAUAUAAAUGAAAAAAAUUUGAGGAAAGCCUUAAAAAAGGUUGAUCUCGAGUGGAAAGGAACGACACGGGCAGAUUACAAACGUGAAAUGAAAACCGCCCAGGAGAUUUCCCGGCUUUACAAUGUCAUUGUUCAGACACCGUCAGAUGAACCAAUUCCUUGGAGAAUUAUAGGUAAGGUCAGGGAGAACUAUCCAAAGGUUCCAAAAGCCUCCAAGUCGCCCAGAAAAUACUUGGCCGACCAAGACGCAAUGGUUUUCCACGAACCUUUUGAUCAUAAAAAGAACUGGACCUGGCAACGGCGACAAUCAAAACGUACUAUUCGAAAUUCCAAUUACAAAUUCUCAACCACAAGGAUCAAGCCAUAUAUAAGCAGAUCCAUGAAGCAAGAAAUAGAGCCGCUCAAGGAUGAGGCUUCAAUUCAUUCGUCAUUGAGUGAUAGGGCAAGAUUGCAGAAACGAGAGUCUUAAGAUCCCAUGUUAGGUUUUUUUCAAAAUGUAUUUCCAUUUAUAUU